UGAAAUAUGAAAAAUUAAAUUUACAAGUACUUUAUUACGUGGCAAUGCCAUGUUUGGUGCUGUGGAGAGUUUUAACAGUAUUAUACUCAAUUUGCUGGACGGUUGUAAUACAAAGCGAAACAGCAUGAAAUCAACGUUGUACCAAAGAAAUGAAUUCUCAACACUUGACUAUGUUAUAUUUGUGGUAACCUUACUUAUAUCAUUAUGUAUUGGGAUAUACAAUGCUUUUAAAUCUAGAUAUAAACAAAGUACCAAGGAGGUUUUGCUAGCAGGAGGAGAGAUGGGAGUGAUACCUGUGGCUUUUUCACUGUUUGCCAGUUUUAUUUCAUCUGUUUCCAUGAUAGGAAUACCAGCUGAAGCAUACAUUUUUGAUUCAAUGGUUAUGUGGGGCGCAGUGGCUGCACCAAUAUCCAUAUAUCUGUCGGCUUACAUUUAUAUUCCAAUUUUCUAUAAUUUGAAGCUAACCAAUGCAUAUGAGUAUCUGGAACUACGAUUUAGCAAGAGUGUUAGAAUAUUAGUCACCAUUUGUUUUUGUGUCUACAUGAUAAUGUAUAUGGCAAUCGUUUUAUAUGCUCCAGCUUUAGCAUUUAAUGCAGUAACUGGACUUUCGCUGUGGGGAACUAUAUUGUCUGCUGGGAUUGUUUGCAUAAUAUAUACAUCCAUUGGAGGUAUGAAAGCAGUUUUAUGGACCGACAGUUUUCAAGCUGUGCUCAUGCUAACAGGUAUCGUGGUAACCCUUAUUUUGGGUUCAGUGAAAGUUGGUGGGAUGUCAGCAGUUUGGAAAAUUGCAGAUGAAUAUAGAAGAAUAAAUUUUACUGAUUUUAGCUUCAGUAUGUCAACACGGUAUACUGUAUGGGGUGCUGUUAUUGGUCAAACAUUUAUGUGGACUAUUCUGUUCGGAACCAAUCAGGCAAUGGUACAAAGAACGCUGACAUGUCCUACACUUAAAAACUCCCAAAGGGCUUUGUGGAUAAGUGUACCUGGACUAAUGAUGAUACUUAUAGUUGGAGGAUUGAAUGGUCUGGUAGUGUUUGCUUACUAUCAUACCUGUGACCCUCUUUCAUCAGGAGCUAUUAAAGCUGGUGACCAGUUAUUACCAUUGUUUGUAAUGGACAUAAUGGGAAUUUAUCCUGGAGUAUCUGGUAUUUUUAUUGCUGCUGUCUUCAGUGGUGCACUAAGCACUGUGUCGUCUGGUCUGAAUGCAAUGUCUGCUGCACUUCUACAGGAUAUCAUUAAGCCAUUUGUAUCAUCAACUCUAACAGACAAAAGAGCAGCAAUUAUUUCAAAAUUCAUAGUACUGGUUCUUGGAAUUGUAUGUUUGUUCUUUGUAUACGUAGCAUCAGCUAUGGGAGGCGUUGUCAAGGCUGCUGUAUCCAUGUUUGGAAUUUUGGGAUCGCCUAUUUGUGGUGUGAUAACUUUAGGAAUGAUUUUCCCAUGGUCUAAUACUAAGGGAGCUUUUGUUGGAACUAUUGUAAGCAUUGCUAUGAUGCUUUGGAUUGGACUUGGCUCAUUUUUAUAUAAAAAAUAUCCAAUAUCUCCUCUGUCUACUGAAGGAUGCAUGAAUUACACAUCUGAUUUUGGCAAUUACUCAAGCACAAUGUACAACUUCACAGUAUCGGUAGAUACACUAUACAAUUCUACAGCAGCGGUAGAGCCGACAAACAACAGUGAUGCAAUUUUUCCACUGUACGACCUGUCAUUUGUUUGGUAUAAUGUUCUAGGACCAGGAAUAGUCAUAGUGGUGGGGCUAAUUGUCAGUUUCAUGACAGGUUAUACAGACCCAAAGUCUGUUGAUCCACGAUUCAUUUGUCCAAUAUUUGAUGUUCUAUGUCCAUAUCUACCCGAAAAGAUACUUAAACCUCUACGAUUUGGAAUAGUACACAAAAACAAAUUUGAAAUUCAGCAUACAUUGUCUACAAUGAUUAAAGAACCACAAAAUAUUGUGCUAAAUGUAGACGACAAAAAUGACGAAAAGGAAGGAGAAACCCUAUUACCGGUCAAUCUUGGUGAAAAAAUAAAUGACAAAGAGACGGUGCUUAACAGGAAAACUAAUGAAAAACAUUACUGA